AUGACUGGAUUUCAGUUCUUGUUCGUUUCGACUUUUUAUCAAACCUUUAGGGGGCGCUCAACAUCACAUCAUGUAUCGGGUCAGGCGACGAUCCUCGACCAUUUGUUUUUGUAUACGGAUUGUUCUAUUGGACAAGGAGUUGGAAAUACCAUGGAGGCCCAAGGGAACAGCCGACACUGGAAAGAGAUGGGAGACAGAAGACAGAGAAACCGCAAAGGGCGCAACAAAGAGAAAAAAAGCAAAUGGCAUUUUUGGGGGGAAUACCACAGAGGACCGGACGUACCAAACCAACCCGAGGAAAGAGAAGCGGAGGAGCGGGAAGGAUUUUGGCAAGGAAGGGAAUUUUUCUCCUCUGCCGGGAAACUCGAUUUGUUCUGUGGGGGCCUGUGA